AUGGAACCGUACGAUCGAAAGCCCAACCAAUACAUCCGCGCUGUCAUGUCAGAGUUGAUCUCAGUCUUUAAAGACAUUGCAAACUUGAAUCCGCUAUUCCGUGACCAGAUUGCCAACUUUAGCAUCUCUCAGGGUGCUGGUAAUGUAUUUGAGGAGCCUGAGAAGCUGGCAGAUUUUGCCGCUGCUGUCUCCAGCAGUGAAGUUGAUGAGCUGCAAGGUGUACUCGAGUCGAUGAAUGUGGAGGAUCGUUUGCAAAAAGCGCUUCUUGUCCUUAAAAAAGAGCUGGUUAAUGCUCAGCUCCAGAGCAAGAUUAGCAAAGAUGUGGAAAAUAAGAUUCAAAAGAGACAACGAGAGUACUACUUGAUGGAGCAGCUGAAGGGUAUUAAACGCGAGCUUGGGAUUGAAUCUGAUGGAAAGGACAAAUUGAUUGAAAAGUUCAAAGAAAAGGCGGCCAAACUCAACAUGCCGGAGGCCGUCCGAAAGGUUUUCGAUGAAGAACUUGCCAAACUUCAAUCCCUUGAACAAGCUGCCAGUGAAUUUAACGUAACUCGAGGAUACCUCGAAUGGAUUACAAGUAUUCCCUGGGGUGUACACUCCCGGGAUAACUAUGCCAUCAAACGUGCUGCUGAGGUGCUAGAUCAUGACCAUUUUGGUUUGAAGGAUGUCAAAGAUCGUAUUUUGGAAUUUCUGGCAGUUGGAAAGCUGCGUGGUACUGUUGAAGGAAAAAUUAUCUGCCUGGUUGGACCACCCGGUGUCGGCAAGACGUCUAUUGGCAAGUCAAUUUCGAAGGCUCUUGGGCGUGAGUUCUAUCGCUUUAGCGUCGGUGGACUAAGUGACGUGGCUGAAAUUAAAGGUCACCGUCGAACCUAUGUGGGUGCUAUGCCCGGUAAGGCAAUUCAAGCCCUGAAAAAGGUUGGGACGGAGAAUCCAUUGAUUCUUAUCGACGAGGUCGAUAAAUUAGCCCGAGGCUACAAUGGAGAUCCCUCGUCCGCCCUGCUUGAGAUGUUGGAUCCAGAACAGAAUGCCUCCUUCAUGGACCACUAUUUGGAUGUUCCUGUGGAUCUGUCUCGGGUUCUUUUUGUCUGUACAGCCAAUACACUGAGUACAAUACCUCAGCCCCUCAUGGACCGGAUGGAAGUGAUUGAAGUUUCUUCAUAUACUGCGGAGGAAAAGCGGCAUAUAGCCCGUGGUUAUCUUGCGCCUCAAGCCAAAGAAGCUUCUGGGUUAAAAGAUGCGAAAGUCAUUCUUCCAGAUGAAUCAAUCGACUUUCUGAUCAAGCGCUAUGCGCGUGAGAGUGGCGUGCGCAGCCUACGCAAGCUUCUGGAGAAGGUCUACCGCAAGGUAGCCUACGAUAUUGUUAAGGAGCAUGGUGAGGAAGUAUUUCCUGAGCCAGAACCUUCCAAAUGUACCGAUACCGACAAGGAAACAGCAAUCACAACUGAGCCUCGUGAGCCCAUGAAUAUCCCGCCCACUGUAUCCUUGGUGAUUUCUGAAGACAAGCUUCGUGAGUAUCUUGGUCCUCCUCUAUACCACAAGGACCGUCUAUACACUCAAACGAUGCCAGCGGGAGUUGCUCUUGGCCUUGGUUAUCUCGGCAAUGGCUCUGGCUCAUUGAUGCCUAUUGAGACGACCUUGAUGCCCGGUAAAGGACACUUGCAGCUUACAGGAAAGCUCGGUGAUGUUAUCAAAGAAAGUGCUACAAUUGCUUUGUCAUGGGCCAAAACGCAUGCGUACGAGCUGGGCAUGACCAAAGAACAAGAUACUUCACUCCUGGAUCAUCGUGAUGUUCAUCUUCAUAUGCCAGAGGGUGCCAUUGGCAAAGACGGACCAUCAGCAGGUGUAGCGUUCGCUGUAAGCCUGAUUAGCCUUUUGCUGAACCGUCCAUUGCCUACCACACUUGCUAUGACGGGCGAAGUAUCUCUUCGAGGCAUGGUGCUACCAGUGGGUGGAUUAAAGGAGAAGUUGCUUGCGGCCCAUCGUGCAGGUGUCACUACUCUGAUUCUACCUGCUCAGAACCGCCCCAGCGUCGAAGCAGAUGUGCCAAAGACGGUCUUGAAUGACUUGCAUGUGCAUUAUGUAACGAAUGUUUGGGCGGCCCUUGAAAUCGCUUUUGGACCUGGUCCCUGGAGCGAGCAGGCGCGCGUGUGGAAUGCGAAUGAGUCGCCCGAAGCAGCUAGCCAAUAG